GACAUAUUGCCUCAUCCUGUACAUUUUACUGGAAACGGGGCGCAUCCGGAGGAGGGGCCGGGAGGCCGCCCAGACGCCGCCAAUGGCCCGGCCGGGCGCGGUGGAGGCCGCCGAGGCGGGGGCCCCUUCUCCCCGCCCCUGGCUUCGAAGGCCGGUUUAAAUAGUCGUGCAGCCCCGGCCCGCGCCCGUGCCCGCGCCGUCCUCCCGCCGGUAGGUCCCUGAGUCCAUCGCAGCCACAGCCGCAGCCGGGAGGCAGCCGCGCGCAGCAAGCCGGUGGCACAGGUGUUGGGGUCCCGGAGCGCCUAGCCCGGGAGCAUGAUCGUGGACAAACUGCUGGACGACAGCCGCGGCGGAGAGGGGCUGCUGGACGCGGUCGGCGACUGCGGCCUCAUGACCAGCCCGCUCAACCUGGCCUACUUCUACAACGCGUCGCCGCCCGCCGCCGCCCCCGGCUGCGACGCCAGCUGCUCGUCGUCUGGGCCCUCGGCGCCCGGCUCGCCCGGCUCCGACUCCUCCGACUUCUCCUCCGUCUCGUCCGCGUCCUCCUGCGGGGCGGUCGAGUCGCGGCCGAGAGGCGGCGCCCGUUCCGAGCGGCUGCAAGUUGAGCCCCAUAUGGGGGUUGGAAGGCAGCAAAGAGGACCCUUUCAAGGUGUUCGUGUGAAGAACUCAGUGAAGGAACUCCUGCUGCACAUCCGAAGUCAUAAACAGAAGGCCUCUGGCCAAGCCAGUGAUGACUUCAAGACACAGAGUGUGAACAGAGAGCAAUUCACAGAAUUGAAGAACACAGUAUCAUACAGUGGAAAAAGGAAAGGACCUGACUCACUGUCUGAUGGACCAGUUUGCAAAAGAUCAGUUUUGUUACAUACCCAGUUUUUGACACCACCUCAAACACCCACACCCGCAGAGAGCAUGGAAGAUGUUCAUCACAAUGAAUCCAAACAGGACAGCAGUGCCGAUCUGCUUCAGAACAUUAUCAACAUUAAGAAUGAAUGUAGCCCGGUGUCCCUGAAUACUGUCCAAGUUAGCUGGAUGAGCCCUGUGGGGGUCCCUCAGAGCUCCCCCCACGAGCAGUGUCAGGACUUCCACGGAGGGCAGGUCUUCUCUCCGCCUCAGAAAUACCAGCCGUUCCAAGUCAGCAGCUCCCCGCACAUGGUGGAGCAGGCUGCCAUGUACCAGUACUCCCCACAGAGCCAGACCGUGCAGCCGCCGCCGCAGCACUACACCCACAACCCGACUCUGGAAUACAGUCCUUAUUCCAGAACGUCCCUGUCCCCCAGCUACGAACCAAACUUCUUUGAUGAUCAAGAACCACAGUUCUGCCUGAACCAAAGUUUUGCGUCCCUUCUAAGUGAUCCCAGGGAAUCUGAGAGUAUCACUGUUCCCACUCAGACCUCCCCCACUGUUCAGCAGCCAAAUGAUGUGCCCCUACAAAACUUCCACAUGAUGCCGCACGGUGCGUGUGAGGCCCUGGCGGGGCACGGUGCCACCCCUGCCCCUUUAAGCAUGGCACUGCCGUUCCAGAAUGUCGUUGGAAAUCCAAUGAACACCACACAGUUAGGAAAGUCAUUUUUCCAGUGGCAAGUGGAGCAGGAGGAAAGCAAAUUGGCGAAUAUCUCCCAAGACCAGUUUCUUUCCAAGGAUGCAGAUGGUGACACGUUCCUCCACAUUGCUGUUGCCCAAGGGAGAAGGGCACUUUCCUAUGUCCUUGCAAGAAAGAUGAAUGCUCUUCACAUGCUGGAUAUUAAAGAACACAAUGGGCAGAGUGCCUUUCAGGUGGCAGUGGCUGCCAAUCAGCACCUCAUUGUGCAGGAUCUGGUGAACCUCGGGGCCCAGGUGAACACCACUGACUGCUGGGGCAGAACCCCUGUGCACGUUUGUGCAGAGAAGGGCCACUCCCAGGUGCUCCAGGCAAUUCAGAAGGGAGCAGUGAAGAGCCAUCAGUUCGUGGAUCUUGAGGCAACUAACUAUGAUGGCCUGACUCCUCUGCACUGUGCAGUUUUGGCCCACAAUGCUGUGGUGCACGAACUCCAGAGAAAUCAGCAGCCGCAUUCACCUGAAGUUCAGGAGCUUUUACUGAAGAAUAAGAGUCUCGUUGAAACCAUUAAGUGUCUGAUUCAAAUGGGAGCAGCAGUGGAAGCCAAGGAUCGUAAAAGUGGCCGCACAGCCCUGCAUUUGGCAGCUGAAGAAGCAAAUCUGGAACUCAUUCGCCUCUUUUUGGAAUUGCCUAGUUGCCUGUCUUUUGUGAACACAAAGGCUUACAAUGGAAACACUGCCCUCCAUGUCGCUGCCAGUCUGCAGUAUCGGGUGACGCAGCUGGAUGCCGUCCGCCUGCUGAUGAGGAAGGGGGCAGACCCAAGCACUCGGAACCUGGAGAACGAACAGCCAGUGCACUUGGUUCCUGAUGGCCCUGUGGGAGAACAGAUCCGCCGUAUCCUGAAGGGGAAGUCCAUUCAGCAGAGAGCCCCACCGCACUAGCUCCACUGACUUGGAGCCUGCUCGGCAAUACUCACUGUCAGUUAGGCAGUCCUAAUGUAUCUGUACAUAGACCAUUUGCUCUGUAUUGGCAAAUGUAAGUUGUUUCUAUGAAACAAACAUAUUUAGUUCACUAUUGUAUAGUGGGUUAUGUUAAAAGAAAAGAAGAGGAAUAUCUAAUUCCUCUUGGCAGAUUUCAAUAUUUCACAUCCAGGUAUCUGGAAUCUAGACAUCUGAAUUUAAUCUGAACGGUAAAAUUGACUUCAGUUAGCAGUAGCUUUUUGGGUAGGAAAAGGCUUUGAUUUGUGGCAUAAGGCAUUGCUCAUGUAGCUAUUGCCAGUUUAAAAGGAGACAGAUUGUAAGCUUUUUUACAUUUUAAAGAAAAAUGAAAGCAUUUGAAAGUUAAAAAAUACAUCUGGAUAUAGUGUUGAGGCUUCGUUUGGCCUGAUGCAGUACCUGAGAGUUAUUGUUGGUGGUGGAAAGUCUGGUCAUUGGACUAGAUGAAAGGUACCAUGGUUAAAGUUUGAUCUUUGCAAACUGUACAUAACUGUUAUUUUUGUCUUUUAAAAUAUUUGUACAUAUAUGGUCAUUAACACAAAUGGCCACAUUUGAAAUGUGUAAAUCAAUAAAAUAGAGAACAAGUGAAUUGUCACUAUUCUUAAAAAGUUACACAUGCAGAGGAGCUGUGUAAUCACCCAUCUACCAUCUCUGUAGGUGAGACAGAUGGGGAGUUGUUCCCUUAGUGGCUGGCAGAGCUCUGUUUGAAUUAUAAACAUGCUUCUUCUCAUGCAUUGAGAUGAGACAUCUGAUUUGCAGGGAAUUGCAUGCUGUUAAAGAGAAUACCUCUUUAUGACUCACUUUCUAGAAUUUGUGACUUAACUUGCUCUGUUGGAGUUUUUGUUUUACCUUUAUAGCAACAACAAAAAGUCACUAUUGAAACAUGUCUUCUUGGGUUUCUGUUCUCAAAUAAUGAUAAGGCACCAUGAUGUUUUAUGCUACCAUUCAGAAAAAAGUCUUAUUUUUUAGUAGCGUUAAUCCCAUUAAUAUUAUUUUGCUCUGGCAUCCCCUGAGUAAUAUAUUUGGCUUUGAUUGCACAUUAAUUAUUUGUAAUAUAUUUGAUUCAUUAAUUUUUUUUAAAUGAGAAGUCUUGUAAGCAACUGACUGACUAAUCAUCUUUGUAGCUAAGUACUCAAAUCCUUUUAAAAAAGAUAACCUUUGGAUCGAUCACAUUGUUUGACCCUGUAUGUCUUGUGGACAAAAAUUAGUUAUAGUUAUUUGGUAUCUGAAAGUAUGGCUGUGAUGUGAACCAGUCUAUUCACACUUAUGGAAAAACUUAUGCAUGGUUUUAAAUAAACAUUAAUUCAUUGAUA